AUGACCGUCGAAGAAAAGGAUGCGAUAUUCCUCAAGGAAGAGAGCAUUGCUCGACGUGAUGAGGAGAUUCGCCGCGAUCAAACUCGACGUGAUGAGGAGCAUCGACGUGAUCAAGCUCGUAUCUCUGAGAUGGAGAGGCUCAUUACAUUCUUGAAGAGCUCCGAUCCCCGCAUCGCAGCAUUCAUGGGUCAACAACCAYACAACACUKCAACCACCGAACCAGUCACUUCACCAACCACUGCACAACCUGCUGGACCAGUCACCACACCCGAGCAGCAUGUGGACUGA